AUGGUUGUGUUUCGACUUGGCCCAAUCUGUACCCCUACAAGAGCCUGCAUGGUUCUUUUCCUGCCCUUCAUUGACUCCUUCCAGAGGGUGGAUCUGAGGACCGAAGCCUUCAGUGUUCCUCCUUGCAAGCUGGAUGGUAUGACCAGAGUCUGGGGACUGGAGGUAGACCGUAUAGAACUAGCAGUGGAGGCUGUGCUUCAGCCACCCCAAGACAGCCCAGCUGUAUCCAGCUUGAAAAGCACCCUCCAACAGCGCACCCUCCAACAGCCCACCCUCCACUUGCUGGGGGGAAGCAUGAACUCAGUGGUAGGAGGUGUUCUGUCCCUGGGGCCAGUGGACACCUUGGCAGUGAUAAGUGAAGUGGAGCCAUCUGCCUCUCAUGCUGUGACUGAGCACAGCCUAAAAUGGCCAGUGGCUGAGGAGCUCCUCACUGCCCUGCAACCUUUCUUGUCAGAGGAACUGGUCAACCAGGUGGGGGUCUGCUAUCAAUUCAAUGUCCUCCUACCCCGUAGCACCCAGAGUACCUACUUCCAGGACCUUACUACAGGACAAGGCAGAGUGGGACAUGGAGUGCCUGAUGGCAUCCCUGACAUGGUGGUGGAGAUUGCUGAGGCAGUCCUACAGGCCUUGUUGUGCAGGGAACUCCGGCCCUUGGGGACAUACAUGAGUGGCUGGCUAAAGGUGAAGGGUGACCUAGCCAUAGUCAUGAAGCUGGAGGCUAUCCUCAAGGCAUUGAAGUAG